UCAACAAAAUCCCGAGCCUCGAAAAUCGAGAGUGAAACUGGCUUCUCUCGCGGAGAGAAAGUGAACACCACACUCUCAUUCAUUCCCACAAAGACAUGGACUUGCAUUGCUUCUUCUUACGUUUCCACUUCGCAUGUUUUCUUCUCUUCGCUACCGCCGCAUGUUGCUUUUCACACCCUUCUCUCCUCGGCAUACACCCUCUAGAUGAGAAAUAUUACAGCUCUGAGAUGAUCAAGUGCAAGGAUGAAUCGAAAUCCUUCUCCAGAGACCGUCUGAAUGACAAUUUCUGUGACUGCCCUGAUGGCACUGAUGAGCCUGGGACUUCGGCUUGCCCCAACGGAAAAUUUUAUUGCAGAAACCUAGGUAGCAAGCCGCAGUUUAUAGUUUCUUCUCAUGUUAAUGAUCAUUUUUGUGAUUGUUGUGAUGGGAGUGAUGAAUAUGAUGGAACCGUUUGUUGCCCAAACACAUGUGUCAUGGGUGGGAAUGCUGAGUCCACGUUUAGGAAUUGCAAGUCAAAAGCAAGUAAAAAUGGAGUGAAGUCAGAGGAAUCGGUUCAUACUGGUUUGAAGUUGGUGAUUAUUCUACAAGUGAUUCUGGUUAUUUUUCUGGUAUUUCUCUGGAGUUUUCGUUGCCGCACCAGAUCUAGAAGGAGACGUUACCGGUGAAUUGAAAGAGACCUUGCAGUUUACCUGGCAUUAAACUGUGGGUUUGAUGUUUGUUAUGGUACAAGGUGCUUCAGUACUAUAUUAAUUUAUAAACAGCCGUGGCUAGAUCAACAAUGCACCUAUUUCUUCUUCAUUUCUGUCCUUUUAUGAACGUCCUUCAAUUAGUCAAUGAUCAUCAUUAUAAAAACUAGAGCAGGCUAUUGGAGCACAACAGACUCAACGUUCUGGUUGUAUUCCAGUUCCUCAAAUCCUAGUUUCUCUCAUUUGCAUGGUUGGAGGCUUGAAGCAGCAAUGUCUGUCUCAUAGUCAUUUUUUAUCUAAUAUUUUACUGGAGGUGCAAUCAAUUGGAUAACAUCUUGAUUCUUGAUUGUGGGAUUUGUAAUAUAUCUAUCUACUAUCAUAUCUUAGUAUAGUUGAUCAGUUGGAGUCGAAGUUCUGAAGGGUAUAGAUUUAGAGUCACAACAACAUUGUUAUGAGUGCAGUUUGCAAAUUCAGGAGUUUCUAAGGCACACUGAUGAAAUUGUUAGCAUCACUACGAUCAAAUAGGGAUAUAUACAAAGCUGUUGAGAUUAUUGAUUUCCUGGAAACUCAGUUUUGCCCUGUUAGAUUUGAAACUUACAAGGUAGUGGCCGAAUAAUUGUAUUUGGUAAGUGUAUCAAAUCACUACGAUAGAACAAAAGAAAUUGUCAAACAAGGAUUACUGUUAUCAAUUACCACUUCAACAAGUCUUGCAGUUUAUGAUA